AUGGCUGCGAGCGCUGCUGUAGUCCCAGUGGCUGUGACGGCUACAAUGGUUCCUGUACUACCAGCGAGCGGCGAUUUCUCAGAUUUGCGGGAAAUCAAAAAGCAGUUGCUACUUAUUGCGGGCCUUACUCGGGAGCGGGGCCUACUGCACAGUAGCAAAUGGUCUGCGGAGUUGGCCUUUUCUCUCCCCCCAUUGCCUUUGGCAGAGCUGCAGCCGCCGCCACCUAUUACAGAGGAAGAUGCCCAGGAUAUGGAUGCCUACACCCUGGCCAAGUCCUACUUUGAUGUUAAAGAAUAUGAUCGAGCAGCUCAUUUCCUACAUGGCUGCAAUAGCAACAAGGCUUAUUUCCUGUACAUGUAUUCCAGAUACCUGUCUGGAGAAAAGAAGAAGGAUGAUGAAACAGUUGAUAGCCUAGGUCCCCUAGAGAAAGGACAAGUGAAAAAUGAGGCUCUUAGAGAACUCAGAGUGGAGCUCAGCAAAAAACAUCAGUGUCGGGAACUGGAUGGAUUUGGCCUUUAUCUGUAUGGUGUGGUACUUCGAAAACUGGACUUGGUAAAAGAAGCCAUUGAUGUGUUUGUGGAGGCUACUCACGUUUUGCCUUUGCACUGGGGAGCCUGGCUAGAACUCUGUAACCUGAUCACAGACAAAGAGAUGCUAAAGUUCCUGUCUUUGCCAGACACCUGGAUGAAAGAGUUUUUUCUGGCUCAUAUAUACACAGAGUUGCAGUUGAUAGAAGAGGCCCUGCAAAAGUAUCAGAAUCUUAUUGAUGUGGGCUUCUCUAAGAGCUCAUACAUUGUUUCCCAAAUUGCAGUUGCCUAUCACAAUAUCAGAGAUAUCGACAAAGCCCUUUCUAUUUUUAAUGAGCUAAGGAAACAAGAUCCUUACAGAAUUGAAAAUAUGGAUACUUUCUCCAACCUUCUUUAUGUCAGGAGCAUGAAAUCGGAGUUGAGUUAUUUGGCUCAUAACCUCUGUGAGAUUGAUAAAUAUCGUGUAGAAACAUGCUGUGUAAUUGCAAUGAAAAGCUGGGUUAAAGAUAUACAUGCCAUUGAGGUCAACAAGAGGGACUAUAGAGCCUGGUAUGGACUUGGGCAGACCUAUGAAAUCCUCAAAAUGCCAUUUUACUGCCUGUAUUAUUAUAGACGGGCUCAUCAACUCCGGCCCAAUGACUCUCGUAUGUUGGUUGCUUUAGGAGAAUGUUAUGAGAAACUCAAUCAACUAGUGGAAGCCAAAAAGUGUUAUUGGAGAGCUUAUGCCGUGGGAGAUGUGGAGAAAAUGGCUCUGGUGAAACUGGCAAAGCUUCAUGAACAAUUGACUGAAUCAGAACAAGCUGCCCAGUGUUACAUCAAAUAUAUCCAGGAUAUCUAUUCAUGUGGGGAAAUAGUGGAACACUUGGAGGAAAGCACCGCUUUUCGCUAUCUGGCCCAGUACUAUUUUAAGUGCAAGCUGUGGGAUGAAGCUUCAGCUUGUGCCCAAAAAUGUUGUGCAUUCAAUGAUACUCGGGAAGAAGGUAAGGCCUUGCUUCGGCAAAUCCUACAACUUCGGAACCAAGGGGAGACUCCGACUACUGAGAUGCCUCCUCCCUUUUUCCUCCCGGCUUCACUGUCUGCCAACACCACCCCCACACGCAGAGUUUCUCCACUAAACUUGUCUUCAGUUACACCUUAG